UUCACAUCAUCCUCCCACGGGCCACGACCACGAGCUCCUUCCAUCCCACUUCAGCUCUCCCCUCAAUCUCGUCCCUCUCCUUUUUUUCUCUCUCUCUCUCUCUCUCUCUCUCUUAAGAAUUCAUUGGUAGCAGAGAGAGAAAAUAUAAGAAUGGGUGGCAAGAAGUUUGGGGUUCUGCUGUGUGCAGAUGAUCCCGAGUACGUCAAGAAGAUUUAUGGAGGGUACUUUGGAGUUUUCGUGAGAAUGCUGGGGGAAGAUGGUGAAACCUGGAAGGUGUUUCGUGUGGCCCAUGGUGAGUUCCCUGAUGACGAAGAGAUUAAAGAGUUUGAUGGGUUUGUCAUCAGUGGAAGUUGCAGUGAUGCUCAUGGGACUGAUGUCUGGAUCUGCAGGCUUCUCAAUCUGCUCAAACAAUUGGAUUCCAUGAAGAAGAAAGUUCUGGGCAUAUGCUUCGGUCACCAGAUACUGGGACGUGCACUGGGUGGAAAGACCGGUCGAGCAACAGCAGGGUGGGACAUUGGAGUCGCAAAUGUUCAGCUAUCAUCGUCGAAGCUCUUCACAUCUUUGAAAAUGCCUGCUUAUCUCUCUGUAAUUGAAUGCCACCGUGAUGAGGUGAGGGAACUUCCACCAAAAGCUGAAGUACUGGCCUGGUCUGGUAGAACAGGGGUAGAGAUGUUCAGGUAUGGUGAUCACAUCAUGGGCAUUCAGGGUCAUCCUGAGUAUACCAAGGACAUUCUUCUGCACUUGAUUGACCGUCUUCUUCAACGCAAUCUCAUUGAGGAGUCGUUUGCUGAGGAGGCUAAGUCUGACUUGAAUGCUCGUGAACCUGAUAGGGAGGCAUGGAAGAAGUUGUGCAUCAGCUUCCUCAAGGGUAGUAGAUUGUGAUGAGAGGUUUCAAUUCAGCGUAGGCGAAUUUGGGGAAGCUGUAGAUAAGCAGAUCCACUGUCCAGGAUUUGAUUAGGGAAAUUUCUAUGUCCACAUUUUCGUUAAAAAGCCUGCAAAAAUACCAUAUGGAGCAGGCAAUUACGGAGAAGAGUUAGUCGUUUUGACAUCAUUACAUGUCAUUACUGUCGACGAAAUAGACUGGACUCUUGAGGUCAAGUGAACCUGUUUUGAUUUAACUUCAAGGCCUUUGAUUUGAUUUGAUUUUUCUUCUCUA